AUGGUUGUAGUCAACGGAAUUAAGUACGCUUGCGAAAGGUGUAUCAGGGGCCACAGGGUUACUACUUGCAAUCAUACGGAUCAGCCACUAAUGAUGAUAAAACCUAAGGGGCGUCCGUCUACAACCUGUGCACAUUGUAAAGAGCUUCGCAAAAACAAAAACUCAAACCCGGCGGGCUCGUGCACUUGCGGGCGGCAGGAGAAAAAACGACUGGCUCAAAAAGCCAAAGAAGAGGCUCGUGCGAAAGCCAAGGUCGGGGACGAUGACUGUAAGUGCGUGGAUGGUGAAAAGUGCACGUGCCAUUCUCUACGAAAAGCAUUCCGUCGGACGCCUUCUUCUCGAAUCAAGGGUACAGCAAGCUCUUCCGUUACCUCAGCCGACUCACCCAUAAUUUCCACUCUAGAUGGCUGCAAGGUUGUUAAAAAUCAUGGUUUGAGCUCACUACCGUCAUUCCACUCAUCGCAGUCCCUGGAUCGUGAUUUCAGCCUGGCUCAAAGUCCUCCUUUCUCUCCUGCAUCAUUCCAUGCUGGCUACAGUCAUAAUAAUAGUAACUGGGAUACUAGCUCGGCUGCGAGCUCUCUCGUUUCGGAGUCAAAACUGAACAUUAUGGAUCGAGGGCAUGCUAAUGGCCUCCCGAGUCAGACGGACGCACAUAGCAGCGGGAGUAAAUAUAUGAAAAGCUCCAACAAAGCACGACCAGCAGAAGUUUCAGUUUCGUUGGAUGAGCUGGCCGAGCUUGAUAAUCUUAGCGGUAGCUUUGAUAACAUAGGGUUUCAAAAUCGUAUGGCUUGGCCUCAGACGGAACCAAAACACGAAUAUCUGGAUCUUUUUGCGGAUACCUCAGAGAACACCAAUAAAAAUUACCGCGCUUUGAAACAGAACCAUCUUCAGCAUCCUAGGGGCUCUGACCGCGAUAUUUACUCAAAAAAUCCGGUAGAGUCGGUGAAUCUCGAGGGCAAAACUUCUCGAUCAAACUCAUAUAAUAAAAGCGGGCCCGGCUCGCUACUUCCAGAGUCGUUAGUUGAAAGCACCACUUCCAAUUCGUCAAAGUACCCAAUGCAUGCUCAGGUCGGCAAAGAUUAUUCGGCUCCCGCAUAUCAAAUGUCACAGAGCUAUUCUAUUCCUCAGCCCCAUGUUACUGCAAGACAACUUCAGCCACAGGGUUCUUUUGGAAGAGAAGGUUUGCCUUCGGAAAUGUUUAACAUGGAGGACGAAAGUUCACAUAGCGUAGAAGUUUUGUCAUUGACACCAAGUUUUAUGGAUAUUCCAGAUAACUCCAAUCUGUACUCGGCCUCUUCGAAUCCAUUUUUGAAUUCUCGAAAGGAAGAGGAGCCUCGAAAACGAUCGGUCAGUAUACAUAAAAACCACCGCUACGAUUCAUUCUCCAGGGACAAUCCUCGAGUGAGGCACGCAAGUGCAUUGCCUCAAUCCACACUUACAACUGCUGGAUAUGGAUUGAACAACUUAAAAGACGGGCCUGCCAAGGAAUCCUACGACAACAUAGGCGGUAAGCAAGUAAAAUCCAUGGACUACAAUGUCGAACUGCCGAGCGACGAAACGGCCCCGGUGAAUUAUACACGUGUUGCCAACCAGCUGACCAAUGAGAUUAUGGCCACAUCAAUGGAGCCCACAUCAAGCGGGACGCCUGAAAUAGACCUCAUGCUGGGGCGCAACCCAUACGAAGGUGACCUCCAUUUGGCAUCUAAGCCGUCAAUAAAUUUUGGGAUAUCAGCUCAACUGGACGAACUCUCAUUUGCUAACACUAUGCAAGCCUCCCCCACAUCAUUUUCAGAUAAUGGUAACGAUUUUAAUUUGAAUGACAUAGACAAGCUGAUGAGUGAACCAUAG